GCAACCAUAUUAUUUUUUUGUUGCCUUGGGAUGAUGAACAGAUUUAUGUUAGUAUUAGAAAAAUCGGCAAAAGUAAAUUUUUCAGUUUCCUUGGCAACGGAGGUCUUUGUUAACCGCGGCCUGAUUUGUAAUAUAUUCAUAUUGUAUGUGAUAUUUUUAUGCUCAGCAUGUAGUAAAAUUUCAUAAUAUUACGAUAAAAAACAUGCAAGCAACAGGAGAACGAGUAGCGCUGGGUUGAUAAAAUCCAUUAAUCGAUCUAAGCUAAAUAGAUAAAUAAUUGAUCCAUAAAAGUAGAGAUCGAUCUAAUGCAUAAAGCUAAAGUCCGCUAGCUUGAUGUUACCAUAUAAUGGGAUUUCUUAUAGGACGGAUAAUGCUAACAUUCAGUCGAUCUAAACGUAUAUAACUGGCUAAAUUAUUACUUGCUUACUUUCAGGCAUGAAUUUACUAAAGUCUUUAAAGGAAAUAUUUAUUUUUAAAGUAACCAUUUGUGGCCUAAAACACAGUUUUUUGCUAAUCCUUUUUUCUCUGGAGUAAGGUGUAAUGAUAAAGCACGAUCGCCACCUAGUGGCCAAACUGAAACGCCCUCCAGGAGAAGCAGAACAAUGUUUACAAUGUUAAUGAUCUGAACAUUUUUGUUAGAACUUCUCCUUUAAACAAUCCAUGUAGCACUUUAUGAGAUUAACAAUCUCAUUAUUUCACUGAUAUAUUUGUGAACUGUAUCAGAUUAAUGUAAAUAUAUUAAAUCAUAGAUUAUUAAUGCAUUUCUAAACAAAUGUGUCAAAUUGUGUAAAUUCAAAAUUGUAUUGAAUUGAGGAAUCUAAAAAAUGGGAAUGGAAUCAAAUUGUUUCUGGAAAUUAUAAUCGAUAUUCAGCCCUAAUUUUUUGAAUAAAGGUGCUGUAAGAAAGAAGGAUUACAUAAAACAAAUUUGGCUUUUUUUUUUUUUUGCUAAAAAUGUCAUAAAAUUUAGUUUUUUCUUUACAUUUGGAUGAGAACUGAAAAGGAACUCUUCCCGUCCCCGUGUAGCUCCACACUAAAGUCAACCUCGUGUCUGAAACGGUCUGAAUCAACCUGUGUGAGCUCAGCUUCCUGGGCGUGGCCUCCAGCCCAGCCCCGCCUUAAAUCCCCGCGCGGACCUGGCGCGCGCGCACUUCACUACCUGCGCGGGUGCGGAGCCUUCAGCGGCGGAUUUCCGGGGGGAAAAUGCGCUUUGAAAAAUGAUGCAGGAUCCGAACACUGGUAAAAAGCUGGAAGAAAAGACACCGGAGCUCAUUUCUUCCUCCUUCUCUCGGGUUUUCUUCUACCUUCUCGUUUUCUCGGUGCAUCCAGAGCGUCACCUCCUGGCUGAGAGCCUGUAACCCGAGAGCCUCACCCCGCCCUUCUCCUGAAAGAGGAUCCAUUUUUAGAACCAUUCUCCGCCCAGAUUUGUUUACCCCACCCCGAGCCAAUGAAACGCGUCAGAGCCUACAGCGCAAUGGUUUUUGUUUUCUGCGUGCUGGUCAUCUUCCUCUACUCCACUCUGCACCUGGAGCCAGCGUACACAAUCACCUCCACAGCCGAGGGCUCCCAGAAGCUGCGCAGACUGCACGCCCCCGAGGUGCAGGUGAAAUCCACCCCCGAGCACACCCGCUUCACCACAGCCGAGACGUCCGAGGCCGUUUUGCAGACGGUAUCGGUGUCCAAGGACCUGAGGGAGAUGAUCCCCAAGAACGAGGCCUACUGGAACCGGCUGAUGCACACGGCGCUGAAGGGUUUGGACAGCGGCGACUUCUCCUUCAGACGGGAGUCCCCCUGGUCCGUGUGCCGGGUGGAGAACCAGGAGCUCCUGCAGCUCAACAUCCACGACUUCAACUCCUACCCCCCCCUGCUGCAGACGUUCGUGCGCGGCAUGACCUGCAAGUCCCCCCCGAUUCUGAUCGACCAACCCAACAAGUGCAUCGCCAACAACAAGAAGGAGUACAACCAGACCUUCCUGUUGCUGGCCAUCAAAUCCAGCCCCCGGAACUUCGAGCAGCGGCAGACGGUGCGGGAGACGUGGGGCCGGGAGGGCGUGCACCACGGCGGGCUGACGGUGCGCACCUUCUUCCUGCUGGGCAACUCCACCCCGGACGACCCCGACAUGAGCGCCCUGCUGUCGUACGAAGCGGAACGCUUCGGGGACAUCCUGCAGUGGGAUUUCCACGAGUCCUUCCUGAACCUGACCCUCAAGAUGAAGGUCUUCCUGCAGUGGACGCUGAAAAACUGCCCCCAGGUGUCCUACAUCUUCAGCGGGGACGAUGACGUUUUCGUCAACACGCCGGGGCUUCUCAACUACCUCAAGUCUUUGGACGCUUCCAAAGCGGAGAACCUGUACGUCGGACACGUCAUCAGCACGGCGAGCCCCCUCCGAGACCCCAGAAGCAAAUACUACAUCCCCAUGAGCUUCUAUAACGGCGCUUACCCCGCCUACGCGGGAGGAGGCGGCUUCAUCUUCUCGGGGGGACUGCUGCAGCCCCUAUACUCCGUUUCUCAGGUCCUCCCCUUCUACCCCAUCGAUGACGUUUACUUCGGAAUGUGCGCCAAGGCUUUGGGGAUUUCCGCCGUCGCGCACGAAGGCUUUCAGACGUUUGACAUCAAGGAGCAGGACCGCAGCAACGUCUGCGUGCACAAACACCUGAUGCUGGUGCACCAGCGCUCGCCGCAGCAGACCAAGAAGCUGUGGAGGGGCAUUCACAGCCCCAUGUUGACUUGUUGAGUGAAGGAUCGCUGCAGGGCUCGUCACUGUAAAUAAAAAAAGAGGGAAAAACUUCGCCCUGCCCUAGAAAAAUAUUUACAAGAAGUUAUUUAUUUUCCAAAACCUGCAGCACUAAAGACUCAUGGGAAAGCGGCCCAACUUGCUUUUUUUUUUAGUUGGUGCUUUUACAGUUUUAUAUGUGUUUAAAAUGUACAUUUUCUUGCAAGUCUAAUCAGAAUUGAAGCAGCUUAAAUGUCUCGCUAAUGAUCUUCAAUUAAAAAUCACAAUGAGAAA